AUGGGUUACCGCGAGACGGUGGUCAAGCAGUUCACUGCUUCAAAACUCUUCUUCAACUCUGUGUUCUGGGGAAUUCACUUCUUCCUUUUCGGAUUUGGAUGGUACAAGCAAGAAAGUGAUCCACGUUUAGCGGCUUUGAACGCGCUCCAGUACUCCGUGUGGAUCUCACGAGGUGCAGGUCUGGUGUUGACCUUCGACACACUGUUCAUCUUAUUACCAGUAUGUCGGACACUGGUGAGAUGGCUUCGACCGAAGAUCAGGUGGGUGCCACUUGAUGAGAACCUAUGGUUUCAUCGUCAGGUUGCAUACGCCAUGCUGUUCUUCACCAUCUGCCACGUCACUGCCCACUACGUCAACUUCUUCAACGUCGAGAGAACACAAGUCCGGCCCGAGCUUGCAUUACAGAUCCACUACGCUCAGCCUGGUGGCAUCACUGGCCACAUCAUGCUCCUCUGCAUGCUGCUGAUGUAUACGACUGCUCACCACAGGAUCCGGCAGCAAUCCUUUGAAACUUUCUGGUACACCCAUCACCUCUUCAUCCCUUUCCUCUUGGGCAUGUACACCCACGCCGUCGGCUGCUUCGUCCGCGACUCGACCAACGCCUAUUCGCCUUUUGCUGGCGAGAUCUUCUGGGAGCACUGCAUUGGUUACCAAGGUUGGCGAUGGGAGCUUUUCGGUGGUGCCAUCUACUUGACUGAGCGUCUGUAUCGCGAGAUCCGGGCUCGUCGGUCCACGAAGAUCACUCGCGUUGUCCGCCACCCUUACGAUGUGGUUGAGGUUCAGUUCUCCAAGCCCUCUUUCAAGUACAAGGCUGGACAGUGGCUGUUCAUCAAGGUCCCCUCGGUCUCCGGUUACCAGUGGCAUCCGUUCACCAUCACAUCUUGCCCAUACGACCCCUACGUCUCGAUCCACGUCCGUCAGGUUGGCGACUUCACCCGCGCCCUGGGUGAUGCUGUUGGAGCUGGAUCAGCCCAGGCCAAGCUGUACGAGGGCGUGGACCCUAUGGGCAUGUACGAGGUCGCACUGCAAAAUGGUCAACACAUGCCCGCCAUCCAGAUCGACGGACCGUAUGGUGCUCCCGCGGAGGACGUGUUCGAGAACGAGAUCGCCGUCCUGAUCGGUACUGGUAUCGGUGUGACUCCGUGGGCCUCCAUUCUGAAGAAUAUCUGGCAUCUGCGCAACAGCCCGAACCCGCCCGCCCGCCUUCGCCGUGUCGAGUUCCUUUGGGUCUGCAAGGACACGAGCUCCUUCGAGUGGUUUCAGACACUGCUGUCCUCGCUCGAGGAGCAGAGUACUCAGGCCGCCCGUGUUCCUGGUGGUUCGGGUGUCGAGUUCCUCAAGAUCCACACCUACCUCACCCAGAAACUCGACAUGGACACUACCAACAACAUUGUUCUCAACUCCGUUGGCGCCGAUCAUGAUCCUCUGACUGAGCUCAAGUCGCGCACGAACUUUGGUCGGCCCAACUUCUCCCACCUGUUCUCGACGAUGCGGGACGGUAUUCUGGACCGCACAUAUCUGAAUGGCUUGGAGAGCAGUAACAGGACGACAGUUGGUGUAUACUUCUGCGGUCCUUCGGCAGCUGCUCGCGACAUUAAGAAGGCAUGCAAGACCGCUACCGUGAGGGAAGUGAAGUUCCGCUUCUGGAAGGAGCACUUCUGAACGAUUUCACUUAUGUUUUCCUUUAUACGGCUCUAUUGUGUUAUACGCCCAUCAAGGGCCCAAGGGGUACGGGUUUUCUCAAGAUGAGGGAUGGGCGAGAGGGGUCCAAGCCUGCGACUACGUGCUGAUUCGAAGGAACGGCUCUGCGUUUUGCAGGGGGUACUUGUGACAUCACAGACGACGGCAGCCUACUGUGCAUGGCCUCGCACCGCUACAAGUGGCCGCACGGACGGAAGGGCAACGAUGAAGAGGGUGAGAGCCUCGGGAGGGUUCUGCAUCAAAGCGUAAUCACUUACGCAUGUCCCUCAGAUCGCUGGGAAGGAGAUCACCGGAGGUUAGCGCUGGUAUUAUGACAUUGUAAGGUCGGGGAAUAUCCUGUCAAUAUUGUCUGGCGUUCUCUUUUAUUUCUGCUUCAAGGCAAUAUUAGGACUUGUCUAGACUACAUUUAUCAUUCAUCAUUUCCUCAAACAUGCUCACCUAGGGCUUCCUUUGAGUCAAGAAUAUAUGAUCGCAACGUUCAAAUCC